AUGUUUUUUUCUUCUGUAGUUCCUCCAAAAUCAAUUCAUUUAAAUAUUUUAUUAUAUGAAAAUGCCAAAUAUCGAUUUUUCUACAAUCAUAAUAAUCAAUUAAAUGAUCCUGUACAAAAUGAUCAAUUAAAUAAUAAUCGAUCAAUAUGGAUUCAUUUAAAUCAAACCAUUCAAUUUAUAUGUAGUACAUCAUCAUGGAGUAAACCAUUAGGACAAUUAUUAUGGUACAUAAAUGAUAAAGUACUAUAUCAGGUUAAAAAUGAAAAGAUAACAAAUUAUGAUGUAACAAAUUCAUCAUCAUCAUCGUCGACAUCGACAUCGUCAACAUCAUCAUCAUCAUCAUCGUCGUCGUCAUCAUCAUCAUCAUCAUGUCAACAUAUAAAUGAUUGUUUUCAAAAGAGAAAAGAAUUAUUCACUUGGUUAAAUAUGGAAUUUUGUAAUUUACAAUAUGGAUGUCAUAUUAUAAAUAAAACACAUAAUUCAAUGAUACUUGAUCAUUUCUCAUAUACAGCACAAUUAAUUGAAUUUAUUCAAAUUAAUGAUAUGCCUUCAGGUAUUCAAUUAUUUAAAACUUGGUCUAUUUUAAGUCUUACGUUUCAUGGAAUACAAAUGAAUCAAAUUCCAAUUAUGUGUUCAUUAGAAAACCAACAUGAUUACAUACUAGGCAAUAACAAUAAUAAUGAUAAUAAUGAUAAUGCAAAUAUUAUUCAAUCUAACAAAACUUCUAAUUUUGGAAAUACAUCACUUAGAUCUAACAUAAUCACUGUUCAUCUUUUAUAUAUUGAUAAAGUGUAUAUAGAAAUCUAUUCAAAUCUAAAAACAAUGUUUACUUCAUCUAUUGAACAUUCAAUGAUAUUCAUAGAGAAUCGUCCAAUUCAACUUGGAUGUUUUUGUGAAAAGAUUAAUGUACCUAUUCAUGUAAAUUAUGAAUACACAUUUUUUAUUCAAAUGUCAAAUAAUACUAAUCCUAAUGAUACAUUAUUCAAUAUAAGUUCAUUAUCAACUAUUCAACAAUUGAAUACUCAUUCUCAUAAUACUGUUUUAUCAUCUGAAAUCCCUUCAAAAUUAAUGAUAUUACAUCAUCAAUUGAAAUAUCAUAUUAUAGAAUUUGUACCACAUCGAAAAUUUCAUAAAGGAAGAAUCUAUUGUCAAAUAUUGAUUAGAAUGAAAAAUGAUACAAUCAAUAAAAUUGAUUCCAUGAUAACUGAGGCAUCAUCUGUGACAUCAUUGAGAAGUUGGAGAAAGCAAAUUUAUGAUGUUCAUAAUGAUAUAGAAGAUGAUUCUGUAGAUGAUCCAGUAAUGAUUUCUUCAAUGGGUCAUAUUGAUUUAAAUAUUCAUUAUGGACCAAAUAUAGAUAAUCGAGACGAUGAGUUUUAUAUACUGUACCCUUGUUCAAUAUUUGGAAAGACAUUGAAAAUGCUCUGUUGGACAAAAUCUACAAAUAAUCUGUAUAUAACACAAGAGAUAACAUUAAGGUGUCAAACAGAUUUUAAUCCAUCUGGUCAAAUUGAAUGGUUUACAUGGAAAUCAAAUGAUACACAAGUUUAUUUAUCAAAUGGUUCUAAUUUACAACUUAACUUGAAUCAACUACAAUCUUCAUUAGAAAUGAUUACAGUGAAUUCAAAGAAUUUAUGGAUUAUUGAUAAACAAUAUUUUAAAGAUCAUGAAAAUCAUCUUGAUAUAGAUGAUUUCAUGAAAUUGAAAAAUGUUAAUUUUCAUUUACAUUUAUGGAAAUUCACAUGUAUAGCUAGUUCAGUGGGAUUUGAUAGUCAGUCAGCAAAUAGAUUUAUUAUUCAAGCAGAAAAACCAUUUGUACAUAGUAAUUCACAUGUAUAUGGAAUUCUAGGCAAAUCAGUUAAUCUUAUCUGCAAUGUUAUCAGUUUUCCGGAACUUAAUUUCACCUAUCCAGUAUGGUUACAUAAUGGUGAAUAUAUUACAAUAGAAGAUUCAUAUAGUAGUAAUAAUGAUAUAAUGACAAUGAACUCAACAAUUGAAAAUUCCCAAUUCCCAAUUAUUCUUACUCAGAAUUUUAUAUCUAAAUAUAAAAUCAUUCACAGAAAAUAUUCAGUCGGAUGGAUUAUUACUUUGCAGAUCAAUAAUUUAGAUCUAAAUGAUGAAGGCGUUUAUCAGUGUACAUUUUCAAAUUUAAUGGGAUCAAGUUCUUAUGAGAUAAAUUUAUAUUUAAACUAUAGAUUGACCAGAAAUGAAUUUAUCAUUAUGAUUGUCAGUUGUGUAAUUUCAUUACUGACUAUUCUUACAUUCAUUAUUGGUUUAUUAUAUAUUCAAAGAAAAUGUAAAUACAUUGAGUGGUUUAAUCAUCAUUAUUUAUGUAUAAAAUGUAAAUUUACAUUGAAUAGAACAACCUACAAUAAAAAUGAAAGAAGAUACAAUCAUAAGACAGUUGGAUACUUUGCAGCAGUGGAUUUGUCAGAAGUUAUACAAAAUUCACUUAUUGAUGAUGAUCAUUUCAAUGUAAUUAAUAAUAAAGAAAUGAAUCAAUCACUCAAUCAGCCUAAUUUGAAUGAUCGCGUAGUUCCUAUAAAUCUACUUGAUGAUUACGUAACAAGUAAUCGCAUUUUACAUGGGCAACAAUCAAGUUUACAUGAGACAUUUUGUUGUGAAUAUAAAAAUAAUACUUGUCAACAUCAGCUAAACAACAAUUUCAAUAUUCAAUCUGAAUCAAAUUGUUCUACAUGUUCAAAUAGAAAACUUUUAAUUCUACCUAAUCAAACCAACAAUGAUCAUGAUAGUUAUGUAUAUGAUUGUUAUGAAUUAAAACAAUAUCCUUCUCAAUCUAUCACCAAUUCAAUAUAUGAUAGUAAUAAUCCUAAUUGUACAAUAAAAUGUCUUUAUAAUAAGUUUAAUGAUGAAUCUAUUCUUCAAAAUGAUAAUCAUAAUAAUCGUGAUGAGAAAUCAUUCAAUUCAAAUCAAACUCCUUUAUUGAAUCCAAUUUAUACAAGUGAGAUUUGUUUAAAUGAAUUAAUGUCAAAUUCAAUGAUCAAUAAUCCAUAUUCAUCGUAUUUCAAAUAUCAUGCAAAAUCUUAUCCAAUCCAAAGAUCAUAUGAUACAUUCCCUCAUAAUUGUAUGUUAUACUCUAAUAGAAUCAAUGAAAAUAUUCAUCUAUUUAAUAAACAACAACAACAACAACAAGAGAAUUGUAUUCAUUGUAUAUUGAAAUGUGACAAUUCAGUUUUAGUGCCUGAAUUAAAUGAAACUAUUUCUUAUUAUCAUGAUAAUAAUAAUAGUAUUAACAAAAAUGAAUGCCAAUACUAUCUAUUAGAUAGAAUGAAUAGACUGUGUAAAUAUGAUCAUUUCAAUGAAUAAAUGUGAAGAUAUCUGUGAAUAAAACUAUUCUAUACUGAAUGUUAUCACAUCUAUUUUCAUAUGAAAUAUAAAGUUGAAUAGUUUAUCU